AUGGGAGCUUACAAGUACCUCGAGGAGCUGUGGAAGCGCAAGCAGUCCGAUGUACUGCGUUUCCUCCUCCGUGUUCGGACUUGGGAGUAUCGUCAACUGCCGGCUGUCCACCGAUGCAGCCGUUCUACUCGUCCCGACAAGGCCCGCCGACUGGGCUACAAGAAGAAGCAAGGCUUUGUCAUCUACCGUGUUCGCGUGCGCCGCGGAGAUCGCAAGAAGCGCGUUGCCAAGGGUAUCGUUUACGGCAAACCCUGCCACCACGGUGUGCGCAAGCAGAAGAGCUCCAGCAAUCUUCGCCAGCUUGCAGAGGCGCGUGUCGGACGCAGCGUCUGUGGCAACCUGCGGGUGCUCAACAGCUACUGGGUAGGACAAGACUCGGUGUACAAGUACUAUGAAGUUAUACUGAUCGACCCGAUGCACGCGGCAAUCCGCAACGACCCGAGGUACAAGUGGAUCUGCGCCCCUGUCAUGAAGCACAGAGAACUUCGCGGCCUCACCUCAGCAGGCCGGAAGAGCCGCGGGCUCAACCGCAGAGGAGCGGGCAACAGAAAGCUCAUGCCGAGCAGGAGGGCCAACUGGCGUCGCAGACAAAUGCUGCAGCUCAGGCGUUACAGAUAA